AUCCAUUGAUCCACUCUAUAAAAUGUCAACAUUUAUUGGUGGUGGCACAUCACCCAUUACAAAUGGCAUACUCACUACAAAUGCUACACUCUCUAGACCUAGUGGUUUAGCUUUAUACAGAGGAGAAGUCUAUCUAGUAGAUUCUGCAAGAAUUCUAAAAGUUAACAAUCAUAACAAUUCCCUUACUAUUAUUGCUGAUGUAAAUGCAAUGUUGAAUAAUCCAUUUGGUAUUUGUUUGAAUGAUGAAGGUGAAAUUUUUAUUGUUGAGCGAGCUUCACAUGUGGUUCGUAAAAUUUUGACAAAUGGUACAAUUAUUGUAUUUGCUGGAAUUGUUAAUCAACAAGGUUAUUCUGGGGAUGGUGGUUUGGCUGUAAAUGCAGCUCUUAAUUGGCCAUAUGAUGUAGCAUGUGAUUUAAAGACUGGUGAUGUUUACAUUUCAGAUAAUGAGAAUCAACUUAUUCGAAAGGUGUUCAAAAAUGGAACUAUUACAACAAUUGCUGGAUCUAGAUCUGGAGGCACAACACAAGAUGGAUCUUUAGCCACCCAAACUGUAAUUAAUCGACCAAUGAUGAUGUCUCUGAGUUCGAAUGGUAAUCUCUACUUUACUUCAAAUAUUUGUACAAUUCGAAAGAUCAGUACGAAUCAAACUAUUUCAACAGUUGCUGGCGAUGGUCAAAAUAAUAAUUAUCGUAAAAAUGACAUUCUAGCUACAUUAGUAACUCUGGAUGUACCAUUUGGAGUCGAUGAAGGUCCAUUUGGUGAAUUGUACAUUGCAGAAACUUACCUUAGUGCUAUUCGAAAGGUUUCUCCAAAUGGAAUAAUUUCAAAAAUUGCUGGAACUUUCCAAUCAGGAGUUUCACUGAAUACCGUUUUAGAUGCUUCCAAAGCUCAAAUAACCGAUCCAUAUGAUGUCAUAGUUGAUCCUUCUACUGGAAUAGUUUACUUUUCCGAAUAUUCAUCAGAUGUUAAACGAGUUGCUAAAUUGGAGCCAUACUGUACAUUUCCUUUUGAAUUAAUUAAUGGAACAUGUACUUACUCAUGUUAUGGAAUUGGAUAUGAUGAUGCAAGAGUUUGUGCUGGGCAUGGAAUUUGCCUUUCGAAUAAUACAUGUCAAUGUGAAUCAGGAUGGAAAGGUAAUAAUCAAUGUUCCUUACCUUCAUGUGAAUUAUUGAAUAAUUGUACUGGAAAUGGAAUGUGUAUUUCAAAUAAUACUUGUGAAUGUAAUUCCAAAUGGAAACAUAUUGAUUGUUCCAUUAGUAUUUGUAUUCCAUAUUUGAAUUUAAAUAGUCAAUUACAAUGUUCUCAAGAUUUAAAUAGUCAAUUAUUAACAUUUAAUGAAUUACAAUCAAAUAUUAAUUUAAAUCCAAUUAAUUUAAAUGAAAAUCAACAAAUUACUUUUAUUUUAGGUAAUAAUUUUACAAAUAAUUUGGAAAAUUCAAAAUAUUUUAUUAGUUCAUCAAUUUCUCAAUCAAAUUUACAAUUUUAUUCAAAUGUUACAAAUUUAGUUUUACAAAAUUCAAAUUCUACAUUCAUUCAACUCCAAUUAUCAAAUUCAAUUCAAUUCCAUUUCAAAAAUAUCGACAUUGAACUGUCAUCUUUCAAUUAUACAUGUUUAAGAUAUGACUAUUUGUUAAAUAGAUGGACAAAUGAAUCAAUUUCUACAAUAAUAGAUUUAUCCGUGAAUGAAAUUACAUGUUCAACUAAUUAUUUAUCUACAUCAAUUGUUAUUCAGAGAUAUAGAAUUAUUGAAGUAGUUCCAUCAAAGUCAAAUGUCAUCCCAAAGGUAUCGAAUAGUAAUGGUGGAACUGUUGUUAAUCCAAAAGAAUCUAAUAGAGGAAUUAUUAGUCAUGCAAUUAGACUUGUCGGUUCAACAACUUUGACUGUUGUAAUAAUGAUGAUAUUUAACAUUUUGUAAAUAAAUCGAGCAAGGAUUGUAUAAU